UUAUACAACUGUGUUAGAGUUACGUAGACGCUGUGUUUACAUUAGCUACUCGGUAAAACAUUUCAUCACAUUUAUAUCCGAGGAGUUUUACAGCCUCACAGCUCGCUGGCGAGUCGGCUAACACUAGUGUCGACGGACUGCUAUUCGCUUUCGUUAGAUGUGCUAAUUUGCUAGUGCUUGGUUAGCAACUAUGGAAUUGCGCAUUCGGAAUGACACUUCGCAUAUUUGAAAGCUCCUCAAAACCGACUAUUGUGUUUGCGUGGAAACGCCUGUAAUCAUCGCCAGGCAUUAAUAUCUUUAAUGUUUAGUUCUGUGAUAAAGCUGACAGGAUUCUUUGUCUUUCCUUCUUUGCCUGCGUUUACAUGGAGGAGACCUCCGUUUAGUUUGUCGCGGCCCGCCUCUGCAGAGCAACGAUUGGACGCCUGGCUUGUCCGUCAAGAGCGCUAGGCCGGUCAUUGGUGGCUAACCAGGAUGACAACGCCAGUUUGGCUGCUUUAUUGCCUGCCUUCAACAUGGCCUUCCGUUGCUACUGAUAUAACUUAGCUAACAUUAGCUUACAUUAAGACAACGUUGUUAUUGGGAUCUAUAAAUGGCGGUGCCUUACAGUGACUAAAUUGAGCAUUAACCCACAAGCUACAUUAGAUAAAUCUACGGCGCUUGUCCUCGGGUUAAACGUUAGCAAGAUUACUGUAGCUGCCUCUUGCUGGUGGAGUCUUUUGGUAGAAAAUGGAUGGCGUUGUCUUAAGUGUCGUCCUUGACUAGAGAUUGGUCAUUUUAAGACUAAGAUACUGGAACAAUUAUUUUUUCCCGCUGGUUUAUUAUACAACCAGCACUUUUCAAGGGGAUGGACCCUCCUGGUGGGGGAGACGAACGCCGGAGGCAGGCAGAGCGUCUUCGUCGGGAGGAGGCUUACUAUCACUUCAUUAAUGAACUGAGUGAAGAGGAGUACCGCCUGAUGAGGGACAGCAAUCUGCUCGGCACCCCUGGGGAGGUGACUGCCGAGGAGCUUCGGCAACGCCUUGACGGAGCAAAAGAGCGAAUGUCUUCUCAGCCUCGGACCGAGCAGCGUGCGCAAACGGCCGAUUCUGGAGAGCAGCAGGGCGGCAGCGGUGAGGCCGAGGAGAGAGGCGCCGGAGGGAGACGAGCAGCAGGGGCCGCAGAGCCUGGAGCCGAACCAUCUAAUGGUGACUCAUUAUUGGAGUGGCUGAACACUUUUAGACGCACUGGUAAUGCUACUCGCAGUGGGCAAAGUGGCAACCAGACAUGGCGUGCUGUCAGCCGGACCAACCCCAACAGUGGAGAGUUUCGCUUUAGCCUGGAGAUCAACAUUAACCAUGAUCAGCCAGAGCCGGGGGAACAUAAUGACACCGUGGACACCGCAGAGCUGCCCGUGGCUGCCCAGAGCAUAACCUCACCUUCCAUACGCACUGCUUCCUCAUUCUCCAACCCCCGCCCCUCAACCACGCCACGGCCAGUCCCGUACCCUACCCCUCGCCCCGCCCUCAGUAGGAGGAUGCAGACACGCCGUACGCGCAGCAGCACUACCAGUCUUUUUAUGAGCCCCCCUGCACUCCCUGCACCCGUGGCCUCCCCACCCGCUGCUGAGAGAAGUGCCACAUUGCACUCUUCAGCCUCAGCUCCUACUGUUUCCAACCCGCCUCUUGAUCAAACGACGCCGGUGCAACCACAGGCCCUGAAUGCAGAAGUAGUGCAGGGCAGUGAUGAUAUGUCCGCUUCUUUAGACUGCCCCCGUGUGUCCCUGCAGUCUGCGUCCCAGGCCCCUGCGGCGGAACACGAAUUGCGUGGCAGGAGGACUCGAUCACGUGGUCGUGCACGCAGGGCUGCCGCGGGCGGCGGGGUUUCAUCCCGCUUGUCAAGGCGCAGUCGCUCCCCCUUGCACAGAAUACCUGUGGCCAGUACCACUCCACCGUCAAGUAGUGGCGUCAGUGGCUCCGCCAUCCCCACUGUUGAGCCAGGCAGUGCCACAAGCUCUGUUUCCGUGGAGACGGUGGAGGCUGUGGCAGAACCUGCAGCUCUAACUGAGCCCGCUGUAGAGUCAGGAGAGCGCGAUAGUGAAUCACAUGCAGUGGGAGCAGGAGGUUCGGCGGUGCGACGGCACCCGACUAUCAUGUUGGACCUGCAGGUGAGAAGGAUCCGACCUGGCGAAAACCGCGAUCGGGACAGCAUCGCCAGCCGAACGCGUUCUCGCGCCCGGGUAGCCGAGAAUACGGUCACCUUUGAAAGUGACAGUGGUGGAUUUAGACGCACCAUCUCCCGCUCUGAGCGAGCUGGGAUCCGCACCUACGUGAGCACUAUCCGGAUCCCGCUGCGACGUAUCAGUGAGACGGGCCUGGGCGAACCCAACUCCACCGCCCUGCGUUCCAUUCUGCGCCAGAUCAUGACUGGAUUCGGGGAGCUAAGCUCCCUGAUGGAGACCGAGGCUGAUUCAGAGACUGUUGCGCCUAGCCACACGGAUGCUAGCGUUACAAAUAGUAGCACCAGCCCGGCCAGUCGUCUACAUACAAGCGAGACCGAAGCUGGCCAUGUAGGCGCCAGCCGGGUAGAUCAGGAGAGGGCAGGGCUGGUGAGCGCUGAGGAGGACCAGGUAGGGCAGGCCAGGGUCGGAGGAGCGGUGGUGAGCAGCACGGAGGCACGGGCCACCAGCAGAGACACCAACAACCUGGUAGAGAACGGCACUCUACCCAUCCUCCGACUGGCCCACUUCUUCUUGCUCAAUGACGAGGAGGAUGACGAACACCCGAGGGGGCUCACCAAAGAGCAGAUUGACAAUCUAUCCACACGUACCUACGGCCAAGCCAGUCUGGAGGGAGAGAUAGGCCGCGCAUGCAGUGUUUGCAUCAAUGAGUAUGCCCAGGGCAACAAGCUGCGCCGGCUGCCCUGCUCCCAUGAAUUCCACAUUCACUGCAUUGACCGCUGGCUCUCUGAAAACAACACCUGUCCCAUCUGCAGGCAGCCCAUACUUGCAGUGCAUCAUGACUGAUUUGCUCUCAAACGCAACUAUUAAGUUCCUGGCUGGCUGAACUGAGCAGACCCAAGUGGGCUUUGCAUGUACAUAGCGCUUUCAUGGUUUGAUUUUUUUUUUUAAAUAUCCAUAGUGACAAAGUUGAAGAAGGUUGAACCAAAAGUGCAGAAAAAAAGAAACUAUAAAUGCAGAGAAUUUACAAAACUUUAUUUUUUUAGACUCUUUUCAGCUUCCUAUACGUUUUAUUGUUUUUGCCAUCUCCCGUUUCACUGGUCUCCAUCACAAAGCUUAAGAGGCCCAUGUCAAUGGAUGAUAUUAAUGCUUAGGGAGUCGCUGCUGACUGGUCUCACUUUAACUCUUUAAUGUCUGACACAUGUGACGUCUCCUUGUCACAACCGGUCCACACAAAUCACUUCUAGACUUGCUUCAUUCAGUAUAAGCUGUAAAUAACUCACAACUGCUUGUGUUUUUAUGGUUUUGAUCCAAGCAGCUCCUCACAUGGAAUGUGUUUAGAAAGAAGCAGGAAACAUAAUUUUUCACAUUCACCAUUUUAAAGCUUUGACAUCCAUUUUAAAGUGUCCAUCGACAGUUUGUUAUAAAAUGUAUGAUUUAACGGGAUGUGUGUAUGAUGUAUGUAUUUAAUUUUGAAAUAAGUUUUAUUCUGUGUGCCCGGUAGUAUUUGUUUAAGCUCCAUACAUACAUUUCUGUAUAAUUGCAAUGCAGGAUUAAUCUUUAUAAGUCACCCACUAAAAUCAGCCACUUUCAAACCAUAAACAUCAACCAUAUCAGCAGCACACUUCUAGUUAAACGUAGGAGGAAUGUGAUAAUCAGGAAUUCAGUGAUGUCAUUUAGUAUGAGUUGUGCAAUACGGAGAGAAAUAACAGUAUUGGUUUUGCUGUUUAUUGUUGUUUACAUUGUAAUGCCUGAUUAUCAUCUCCACUUAAAACAGUCUUGUUUACCCUGAAAUCAAAGUCCCCCCUCGGUUCCUGUUGCUAUUGCGGAUCCACACGUGAGCGACGACGAGGGACUUGGGUCACAAAGGUCUCAUUGAGUACUGAGCCAGAUACAUCUGCAGACCAGAACCUGGAGUCUGGACUCUUUUUUUUUUUUUUUUUAUUCUUUUUUUUAAACAAUUUUACAAACGCAUCGCCAAAGUCAUCUUCACGAGACAAUUAACGCAACGGUGACUCAAAAACUACAAUUUUAAGAUUCUGUUAACACAUCUUAAUUGAAUUAUUGUUUUUCUUCAAGUUACAUGUGCAGAUGUGGACAUUUCCAUUGUAGCACAGGUGACUUUAGCACCCAGUCAGUGUGUUGUCCCUAGGGUCGCUUUAAACGCCAUCAACAGUCCAUAGCAGCUGCUACACCUCUGCAGAUAACGUGUCACUAAUAAAACUGCAGGAAUGACAUAGUGAGAGUGGAGAGCGUUUGUAUGGUUUAACUGUGUGUGCGUUUGUGUGCAUGUAAGUUUGUGUGUGUGCGCGCGCUGAAGUAACGGUCCAGUGUUUCAGUGAACCUGGUUCUCAGAAGGCUUUUGUUCAAUGUAUGUCCAGCUUGGAGACUUUGAGAGGGUCGAGCUCAGAAGUGAAUAUUUAUUCUGUUCCUAUUUAAUAAUAUGGAAACAUCAAUUUUUGGAAAUAUGUAUUAUGUUACAAUGUGAUGAGAGUUAACAAUUAAGAUAAAUAUGUUACUAUGUAAUAAAUUGAAGACAUGGGUUUUCUUCUCUGCUCCUUAACAAUGGAAUAAAAUACAGCUUUGCUAUGCCUGGAAA